GGUUAUCAAGAAAGUGUCCGAUUCCUAGGGGAGGAGCUGCCUAUAGAGGAGAUGGCUUCGCGGUUGUGGUCAGCGGCUGGCUCUUGGGCAAGGUUGCGUCCCGUCGAGAAGCAGAAGGCGCCCUUAGCAACCGUUUUAUCCUCACGAAAUAUAACCGUCACUCGGACUGGCGCCAUCUUGCCUAAGCCCGUCAAAAUGCCAUUUGGUCUUGUCCGAGUGUUUGCCGUUGUAAUUCCCUUUCUCUAUGUUGGGACACAAAUCAGCAAAAGUUUUGCAGCUUUGCUUGAAGAACAUGAUAUCUUUGUACCAGAGGAUGACGAUGACGAUGACUAAUAGGUCUACAAUGUGGCAGUAAGAGGAACAAAGCCAUAAUAAAGUGUUCCGAUGUCAAUGUUUAAUCACCGCUCCUCAGAUGUCUAAAGAACAUAUUUUGGGGACAGCUGGACUACCCAUUGUACCACGGAUUGCUUUGUGCAUGUGUAAAACAAUGAUGUUUAAAUGCUAUAUCUAUUUAAGAAUACAUAUUUAUGUCUUGAUUCAACAA